GUUUUCAACCUGCUUUUAAGAAAAAAAUACACCUAAGACAUUAAAACAAUCAAGUUUCAUCUUGCCUAUAAAACUUUAUCCUUUGGCUCAAACAUUUUAAUUUAAAUUGACAAAUAAAGCCAUAAUCUCCUCUAAAGGGGCCUGAGGCGAGUGUUAUUAUGGUACUGAAUUCCGAUCCAAGAUUCGAGAAAUUAUUUUUCAUCUAUUUCUCAUUAUUUCGAGUGAUUAAUAGAGACAUUUAUGCUAGUAUAAACAGUUUUUGCUGCAAACCUAGAUAAAGAGUCAAAAGCACAACUCGAAUUUUUUCAAAAUGUGCUUUUGUGAUCUCACUUUGUGAAAUAUCUUGUUUUUAUUCUGCUUUAAAGAAAAAAGUACACCCAAGACAUUUAAAACAAUCAAAUUUCAUCUUGCCUAUAAAAACUUUAUCCUUUGGCUCAAAAUUUUAAUUUAAAUUGACAAAUAAAGCCAUAAUCUCCUCUAAAGGGGCCUGGGGCGAGUGUUAUUAUGGUACUGAAUUCCGAUCCAAGAUUCGAGAAAUUAUUUUUUAUCUAUUUCUCAUUAUUUCGAGUGAUUAAUAGAGACAUUUAUGCUACUUUAGACAGUUUUUGCUGCAAACCUAGAAAAAGGGUCAAAAGCCCAACUCGAAUUUUCAAAAUGUGCUUUUGUGAUCUCAGUUUGUGAAAUAUCUUGUUUUUAUUCUGCUUUUAAGAAAAAAGUACACCCAAGACAUUGAAAACAAUCAAGUUUCAUCUUGCCUAUAAAAACUUUAUCCUUUGGCUCAAAAUUUUAAUUUAAAUUGACAAAUAAAGCCAUAAUCUCCUCUAAAGGGGCCUGGGGCGAGUGUUAUUAUGGUACUGAAUUCCGAUCCAAGAUUCGAGAAAUUAUUUUUUAUCUAUUUCUCAUUAUUUCGAGUGAUUAAUAGAGACAUUUAUGCUACUUUAGACAGUUUUUGCUGCAAACCUAGAAAAAGGGUCAAAAGCCCAACUCGAAUUUUCAAAAUGUGCUUUUGUGAUCUCAGUUUGUGAAAUAUCUUGUUUUUAUUCUGUUUUUAAGAAAAAAGUACACCAAAGACAUUGAAAACAAUCAAGUUUCAUCUUGCCUAUAAAAACUUUAUCCUUUGGCUCAAAAUUUUAAUUCAAAUUGACAAAUAAAGCCAUAAUCUCCUCUAAAGGGGCCUGGGGCGAGUGUUAUUAUGGUACUGAAUUCCGAUCCAAGAUUCGAGAAAUUAUUUUUUAUCUAUUUCUCAUUAUUUCGAGUGAUUAAUAGAGACAUUUAUGCUAGUCUACACAGUUUUUGCUGAAAAGCUAGAAAAAGAGUCAAAAGCCCAACUCGAAUUUUUUGAAAAUGCGCUUUUGUGAUCUCAGUUUGUGAAAUAUCUUGUUUUCAGCCUGCUUUAAAAAAAAGAUUCACCUAAGACAUUUAAAACAAUCAAGUUUCAUCUAUUAAAAUGGAAUGCAUUUAGAGCAAAAUUGCAAAGUUCUUAUUGAAAUCAUUUUGAAAUUUUCUAUUUUCGGAAUUGUACAAAGUGUGAUUCGUAAUAUGUAGGAAUGGUAAUUUGACCUUGAACAUUGAGUUCUUGUCCCAAAAGAGAGAGAAAAAGGUCUAUAACACAUGGGCUCCGACAAAGGUUGAAAAGUGGGGGGCCAAGGGAAAAUUUAACACCCAUAACAAAAGUUUCUGAAAUAAACUCUAUUCUUUUGCAAAAAAAUAGGGGGCCAAGGUCCCCCGGCCCCCCCCUUCAUCGGAGGCCCUGUAACAAAUAAACUUCUUAUUUAAAAUACUUACAAACAAAAUUAAAGAAGUUAAAAUUCGACAGAAUCCGUAUCACUGUAUCUGUUACCGUAUCACAGAAUCCAUAGCUCUGUGUCUGAAUUACAUUGACUAUUUUCUGGUUCACUGUUUUCACUUUCUUCACAUUCUUUAUAGAUUUCGCUGUGAUUCACGUUCCAUUACAGAAUCAGGAAUAUCAAAGUUGAAUGUUUCAAACACCGAUUUGUCUUUAACAAUGUCACUUUCUAUUUGUAAUGCUUGUGCCUUUAGCAUCAGCGAACGGCCAUUGGUAUGACUGUUGCCUCCUACAAGGAUUGAGGAGCUCAGAUCAUUUAACUCAGUGAUCUCAGUAAGCGCCAUGUUAGUAAUCCUUGGGCUUCUAAUUUUAGCAUGUGCUGUUCUUCAAAGCAUUGCUUCUCCAAUUCUUUGAGCUCAACGAUUUUUCUUUUUAAUGAAAAGGGGACCCUCGCUUUACAGGUCAGGUAAGUAAUGUUCUUCAGUUAUCAUAAACAUGAGAACGCAGGUCUUUGGCUUCAGGAAAAGAGACCUGUUGAAGUGUCAAAGACACUUGCUCCUUCAAAACAGAUAGUCUUACGUUAUAUUUCGUUAGUUCUGAUUUCAUUCUUUUUGUUUGUUUGUUUACCUUUCUUGCUAGUCGAAUAGCCUGUUUCUGCCCUCCUGCAAGUAAAAAUAUACCAAAAAGUAUUAUUCAUCUUCACUUCAAAACGAUCAAAACUGGCAUGUGUCAAUAAAUGGGCUGCAAAUAAAACAAAAUGUCAGAAAAAUGUAAUAACAUAAUGCAAUUGUCUUACGUACAUGAGUAUUGUUCUUUCAACAAAAGUUGUAAAUGACGUUCUAUGGCCAAAGAAUUCAGAUUUUCGAUUUGAAACUUUUGUAUUUCAAUGUCUCAGAAGUUGUUAUCGCUUUCACAAAUUCAUCAUCGCCUAUUUUCCAACGUCUUUCGAUGUUCUGUUUCUUUUCAAUAGCCCUCAGUUUUGACUCUGAACUACAGACAAGAUUACAUUACACCGUAAACACUCUGAAAGUCAAUACUUCCAUCCAAGAUUUUAAUGCAUUGGAAUACUUCUAAAAGUCGAGGAACAAUAAAAAUCUGUAUGAAACUUCUAACAGUACAGCAAAGUUUUUCAAACAAAAUUAUAGUAUCCCAACUGCUAGUAUACAAAUUUAAACUCAGUGGUAAGGGAAUAAAUAACAAGGGAAGUUCUUAAGCUUUGAACAAAGCAGUAAACCAAAAAAGCCAACAAAAAACAACAGUUAUAGUUCCAACAGCAAAAUGAAAAAAGUUAAGAGUCCAUUUAGAAUAUUUUUGGUGCAGAUGAUUUACCUUCUUGCCUUUGACAUCACCACUGUUGUGUUGUGUGAGGGAUCAUCAUCGUCAGUAACUGCAGAACUGGCAAUGGAGCUCCUUGAAUGGUACAAUAAUAACAUCAAAUAACAAUUAAGUUCUCACGUUAAAAGCACAGCACUCCCAACAAAAAAAACAAGAUAUUUAAAAAAAAAACAAGUUAAGAACUGAUUUUCAGUUAAUCAAAAGGUGGCAGUGAUUGUGGCUUUUUGAUUGACUCACUGAAUGCGAUAACAAUGAACUUGAGUACCUCUGUCAUAAAAUUAGCGCAAUCCCUGUUGUUUGCAGAUAUCAUUCAAAAACCUUGUAAAAACUAAAGCUAGAAAUAAGAUGUACCUUAAGAUGUAGAGAUCCCAUAUAAUGAUGGCAUAUUCUAGCUUCCAAAAUGAUUCCUGGUUUCCGGCAGCUAUUAAAAAGAACCAAGUAACUAACUUUAUUAAAGAUUCUAAAAACAAUUUUUGAAUCUUUAAAAAAGGCUUGCUGGAGGAUGAGUGAUUUUCUUUCAAGACAUUCAUUCUAUUUAAUUUGAUAAGAAUUCUCUUCAAUCGUGUUAAGCCAUUAUUAUGAAUGAUUUUCACUGGCACUGAGGCAAUAUGAACACGCCUACAAUUCUUUCUGGUGAGUGAAAUUUUAAAAGAAAACAGACAAGCCACAGGACACAGCGGGGGGGUUGGGCCACUGCGGUUUGUCAAGUUCCGUGCCAGGGCAACAAUAUAAAAUGCUAGAACGUGUUUAGAAAAUGAAAAUUUAGAAAAUGGGUUUUUAUCCAUAUUCUAAAUCAACAGAUGGUGUAGAUGAACAUCUGGCAUAAGCACAUCCCAUAUUCUAAAAUUUAGAGUAUGGGUACUGCCCAUUUAGAACAUGAUAACCCGGUGGAACUGCUAGUACUUAGGACCUGUGACUGUAAAUUUUCCAAAGUUGCGUUAGAGCCGUAGGUGUUAACUUUUCUGAAGAUUUUCUAACAAGUUGUUGCUAAAAUCUGAGGGGGGGGGGCCUAUAGCCGAAUAUGGCCGAAUAAUAUCAUUGGGAAGCAUUUCAGAAACCUGCUCAUCGAUAUCUUUCUCCCAUGCAACAGGAAUCCUGCGGGGUUUGUGGCUUACAGGAAGGGCAUCAUUGGUGACGAUUCUAUGUUCUAACAACAUUGUUUGACAAGGCUUUUUAGGAUUAGAAGCAAAUACGUCCUUAUGUUGUUCGAUCAGUCUAGUUAUUUCCAACUUUUGAUCACAUGAUAGUCUUUCACUGAUUGUGAUAUCCGCAAGAGUUGAAUUAAGAUUUUCAUCAGUUGUCACACUCCUGAUAAUUUCAUUGCCUGGUUGUAUAAAACCCAUUGAGGUUCGCGAUUUCAAUGUAAUGUUCGAAGAAGUAACAUUGAGGACAGUGAUUUGAAAUACUCCAUCAAUGUUCAGUAUUACAUGUGAUCUUGUAGCAUAUAAGCCUGGAAUCUUUGGACCAAUCUUGGUUCGAAGUCUCCUUGUAACAGAGAAUUUUGCUUUGAGGAUUUAACUAAAACAAAUGAUUCUGAGCGAGAAGGAAUAGUAACACAUUCGUUCAACCUGACUCUUGCUGUUUUGAACAAUAAUCCAGACAGUGAGAGGUUUCCUAAUUGAAUUUUGUUUCUGGCGAAAUUAAACCGGACAGAACCAAAAAGGCACAUAAAAUCUCUUCCAAUUAAUACAUUUGAAUAAGUCAAUGUGUCCAGAACUUGAAAAACAUGAUUACGAGGCUGGCUACCAGCAAAUUUUACGUCAAUCUUGACAGUUCCAACGAUUUUCAUAGUGUCCCCGGAAGCGUUUAUUAAUGAUCUUGGGGAGUGUUUAUCAAUACAAUCGUCAAGGCCUAUUCUUUGCAAUGUUCCUAAAUCAAUUAUAGAACAUCCUGAACCAGUGUCCAUUAUUACGUGAGUGUCCAGCUUUUGGAGUUUUGCAGCAACAACGACAGUACAGUGUUCCUCGGAAGGUCUUGCUUCUGUGGAGGCAAAUAGUCAUUGGUAUUUUGGACACACAACGUUCCAGCUAUCAUGGCCACGUUGGCCACAGGCUUGGCAAAAUCGUGUUGGGCAACUCGCAACGAAAUGAUCAGGGCUUCGACAUGACCUGCAUUUCAGUUGGUUAUUAGAAGUACUGUAGCCGCCACGAAAAUUUUCUCUUCCUCGGGGCUGUCGACCUCUACCGCGACCUCUGAAAUUUCUGCCGGAAAAUACUCUUUUCCUAACAAAGAAUGGAUUUGUUGUAAAACUUACAUCAUUUUCAAGGUCCUCAUGACCCCCGGAACCAAGCUUGAUAGAGGUUAUUUUGUCAACUACUUUAUCAGCAAUUGCGUUGACAAUAUCGGCUGGAAAAGGGCUGUUUGCAUUUGUGGGUGCAAACCGCGCACGAAAUAGUCUUUUGCUAACAUCGCGCGAGGCUCAUCCUUGAAAUCUGGGUAGGCUAAUUUCACCAAUUCCAUCAAUUUUUAUGCAUAGGUAGGUGCAGACUCCCCCUGUUUACGAGGGGAGUCUGAAAGUUCGAAGAUUGCUUCCUCUCGAUUUAACUGCCCUUUCUCGAAUUCUUUUAAGCCUGGUUUUCAUAUAUCGUAACCCGUCGGCGAUGAUCCCUGAUGCACAGCAUUCCUGAUGGUCUCCUUGUACCUCAGCUCCCUUUUGAUUUGUGCUCUUGAGUUGAUGGAAAUCCCUCAGACUUAGCAAAUAUUCAUUUUACCUUCUUGCCCAAAAAUGUCCAAAAAGGGUACGUAAGUACUGUGCACGCUUCUCUAUAGCCGUGUCAUCAUAAUCAUCUUCUUUGUCAACAUCAUAGAUUGGGCUAUUCAAAAUGCGCCUACCAAUCGCUAAAUAAGCUGGUGUAGUUGGCUCCUCAAAUUCAUCUGAACAGAUGACAUUAAAGGUCGUGAACUGACCACAACCUCAAUCUCAGCUACAACAGUUGUUAAUUCUUCGUAGUCAAUUCUUCCAUUCCCUAGAAUUUUCCAAAAUGGUUGCGUCACUGGUCGCAUCAUAGAAGCCACCAAACCAAGGUGCCCUUUCUAAUAUAAAUUUCCACACAAUGUUCUUCUGAGCUACAUAUUCUUGAAUUUCUGCACUUUUCAACAAUUUUCUGAUUCCUUGUUAGCAUUCUUGAAUUUUUUAGCAUUGUCAGAUGUAAUCCUGUUGGGUAGACCUCGACAAGCAAUGUACCUUUUCAAACAACGGAUAAGCUGCAGUAGAUAUAUUUGGCACUGUUUCUAGAUGGAUUGCACAACUAGGAGAGCAUAUGAAUAUGCAUAUAUAGGCCUUUUUCAAAUCACCUCCAAACAUAACAUACAGUGGGCCAGCAAAAUCUAUUCCAACAUCAACAAAAACUGUGGCCCCUUGAACUCUUCCUUGCGGUAAAUCUGCUGGUCUAGGUAUUCUAUAACCCACUCCUUUGAACCAUUUACAAAUACGACAGUUAUGUAUCGACUUUCUCACCAAUUGUCUCUCACUGGGAACCCAAUGAUUCUGAUGUAAUUCUGCUAAUAUCUCGCUGGUCCUGUUAUGUGUGACUACAUUGUGACAAUGCAAGAUUAUCAAAUCCGUGACGAUUUUGCAAAGAUCACAGGCAUGAUUCUCUUUGCAAUACGUGCAGCUGGGCAUCCGGCCACUCGUCAGAAUUGUAGAAGCGGUAGAAGGCAUCUGUUUUACUACAAGUAGUUUGGAUGCGCUCAAUGCUGAUGGUAAAGAGGCUUGGAUUCCAGAAAACCACUCCCUGUUCUCAAUUUCAGCUUGUAAUAAAUCAAGUAACAGACCCAGUUCCCAAUGCCCGUCUUUCAUUUUGCGGCCAAUUUGGAGUCUAACAUCUUCAGGAAUUUUCCCUAGUAAAACAGAUACCAAUAGACUUCCUUCCAUAAGCUGAUGUAUGUACGUUCAGGUAUUGCAACCCCAGUGUAGAUUUCUCAACUUCACUUUGAUAAACAUAAAACAAGCAUAUAUUGAUCUAUAAUAAAAAUGUCAAUCAAGAUUCAAACAUUGGUUAUAAAAGUCAAGGGGUAUCUUGAUGAUUACAAGCAUAGGGGACAAAUUUUGAUUAGAUAUUGGCGAGAUCCCCUUCUCGGGAAUACUUUAGGCAAAACACCAAUAACGCUGCAAGAAUCAACUUCAGAAAGCCAAAUUUUAGCAUUUUAACUACUCCUUGUUUAAAAAACCCAGUGUAAAAUUUGCCAGCAUAUUUUUUUUUUUUGACUAAACUACUUUUGAGUCUUGUAUCUAAAAAUCUACCGCAAACAUUUUCUUGAUCUUUCUCGGUUGAAAAAAAAUUGCUAUUCAAUAACAGUGCAAGUUGUACUUACCACUCCCUCGACAUUAUCCACCUUCUUUAUUGAAAUUUCUGUUUUCUUGUCAAUAUAACCACAAAUUAUACCAAUGUUUUGGAAAUAAGGUCCUUUUGCAUUUGCCACUGGACUAUAUGUUGCGACAGCACAUAACUCUUCCACAGAAAGGUGCGGGAUAAUAUCACAUGCUAUUGGCUUUAUUAUACUGGUUGCCUUCUUUGACCUCAUGGCCUGGCCCUCAUGGUACAGUUUGUGAAGAAGAAAAAGAAUUGGUUUUAAACUGAAGGACGCUUAAUUGGUUUGAAACUGAAGUGCAACAAGAAUCAACAUCCUUAUUUUGAUUUGAUGUCCUAGCAUUUACAGGAUUGGCGAUGGUGGUCAAUUCGCAUCUACAAUCAUGUCUUGUUUUGUACCGCAUGUGCAGACUUGUAAAUGUUUAAAGGUAAAAUUUGUCUUGCUGAAAUUGCGCAACUUAAUUCACAUUCGUUUAUGCUUUCUAAUUUUUUACUUUUGUUGCCUAUAAUUUGCACAUCGACCUAAUCAAUUACUUUUACAAAUCUAAUGUAACCUUUUGAAUUCAAACAAAUCAAUUUUGUUGGACUUGCGUCACCAAGCAAAUAUCUUGUGAUGUAAAAGUGGUUUAUCAAAUUGAUCUCCGGUCAUUAUUCAUUCAUAGCUGAUAACUUUCAUAGUUCAACCUAAUUUAUCCUUAUUUUAAUUUCACAAGUUUAUUUGAAUCUUUUUAUCUCCAACCGAUUAACUUAUUUCGAAUCGUCAUGCAUUUUCCAAGCAAAUUGCUUCAUUAAACUUUUUUGACAGAAUUUAAGAAAGCUCAGCGGAAACAGAUGUCCAAUAUUUAUCACAACAUUUGAAGUUCUUAAUUCUGUAUUUCCUUGCAAGAACACAAAAUAAAACUCGAAAACAAACUAUUCCGUAGAAGUUGCGCCACGAACAGAUUUUUGGAAUAAGUUUUUGAAGGUGCUCAAAAUGGAGAUCUUGAAAUUUUUUGCCUUGAGAAAAGAUUUAUCAUUCAGGGUAGGUGCUUUUAGAGUUUUGUGCUCUCCAGAGUAAAUGUGGUGAUUUUUUAAGUUCAACAUAUGAUUUAUGGCCCAGGAAUCAGACCCCAGCUGCAUAUAUUUUGCUGUAGUUUCAGGCAUGAUUCUUUGAUAGUUGUAAAGCCAUUAAAGCUCUCUGUGCUGUUUUUAUCCUCACAUCCAUUGUCAACGGCAGAUUCCUUUGGAGCUUUUUUGUCUCCAACCUUGAAACUUGAUCUAGCUGCUGCAUUGGAGAGUAAUUUGAUGGCACUUUCGAUUUCAGCUGUGCAAAGCAGGCAUUUAUUUUCGUUUCCUUCACCCAAACAUUGAGUAUGGUAUGACUGGCCACAUCCAUGCAUUAUUUUGAAGGAUCUGCUUGCUUUUGUGCAGUUUGGAAGAUCACAUCUCCUGUGAGAUUUUGAUUAUACUACUAAUUGCUGAUUUUAAAAAAGGUUCUCUUUAUUCACUUGGGGGAGUUUACAAUGGAUCAUGGCAGAAAAGAUGUCGAGCAUUUGGUUCAAAAUAGUCUUUACUAUUUAUCAAAGGUCACCUAGAAAUUAGGGCAAAGUUUGAAGAAAACAAUAUGUGAACUUACAAUCCGCUUUCAUUUGCAGUCUCAGGAUUUUCUUCUCUUUGUCGGUUAUUCGGUUAUUUGGUCCAAGACUUACCGAUUAUUCGGUUAUUCUGCGAAUAUUGGCGAGGUCGUAUGGGCGUGACCAGAUGGGUGUGGCAAGGUGGAGUCGAUAAAAAAAACAUCUCAAAAUGUAUUGUAAUCUUAUGUAACUUUAAGAAUCUCUAGCAAAACAGUAAAGCGGAAUGAUAUUUCAUUUAUCACUCCUGAAAGCACUUUUGAAUUGGGAACAUAUUCUACAAGGUUUUCUGGGACUAAAUAAUAUGUUUUGUCACCUAUAAACACAUUAUUCACACAUUACCACAAAAUUUUAAACAUUUGGUGUAGUAUCAUCUCUUUUUAAUAUCAUGUUCAUUCAAGAAGUUAAAAUGAAUGGAAAUGUUCUCUUGAUUUAAUGGCAUGUUUUAAACAUUAUUCAUCAUUUAUUUACAUAGUUAGAUUAACUCAAAAGAAUAGAAAUUAUUGUAUGCAGGGUAAACAGAAAGGGCCAAUGCAUCAUCCAUCUUCUGUCUCAUGCAAAAUAAAGUCAAGAGGAAAUUGGUGUAAGAUGGUGUUAGGCGUGUUCCAUGGGAAAUAUCAAGGGCUGUGACAUUAUUUUUUAAACUAUGAUGGAGAAAGUGGUUGGUAGAGUCAGUAGUUCAUACAUGCCUUCUCAAAUUUUGAUAAUUAUUUGUCUCAUUUCAGGUCUGCUAUGAUCACUUCUUCAGUGCUUCAUGUACUUCAUCCCUGACAAAUGUACCUCUUUAUAGUGAUCAAAGUGUCAUUAAAUGAAGAAAUACUGUUUCCAAUGUUAAAAAAUGAACCAUCCUUUAUAAAAUCAGCUGUCUUGUUGUGUUCAUUGAUCACAGACCUAAAAAUUUUUGAAAACCACUCAGAAAGAAACAAAAAUUUUGGCCGUAUUUUUUAGCCUUUAUUCUAAGAUUUUCACUACAGCUUUGUUAAAGGUUCUUCUUUAUCAUAAAUGUGUCUAAAAGUUUGAAGAAAACAAUAUGUGCUCUAUGUCAUUCAUUCAUGACUAUUCAGCUUGUUUGUUUUAUGGAUAUUUGGUCAUCCAGUCUACAUGCAUUCGCAUUGAGGGUGUGGUGCAUAAAUACAUGCCUCGCUUCUUUCUAAGCAAACAAAAGUCACGUUGAACUAAGCUUAUUUCCAAUAGGUUUUCAAAAUGUUCGUUUUCAAGCAUUUUGAAAGGUGACGUCAUGGCUAUUCCUCAAGGAAAAAGGCUGUGACCCCCAUCGGCUAGGUUUGCUUCACUUCCCCUGCCCCCAAAAUGCCCAAAGUGUUACUGUUUCAAUGUUUGCAAAUUUUCAGUUGGCCGUUAUCAAAAAACGUUACUCGAAGCCUGAAAAAGGGACUUGAUGUUUGCCUUUCUUCACUGGCAAUGGCCAUUUGAUCAUUCAUUUCAUGGCUAUUCAAAUAGUCAAUGCUAUUCGAUUGCUAUUCGGUUGGCAAUUGCUUUUCAAUCAGUCACGGUUAUUCAAUUAGUCACGGCUAUUCGAUCAGUCAUGGUUAUUCGAAUAGUCAUGGCAAUUCGAUCAGUCACGAUUAUUCGAAUAGUCAAAGCUAUUUGAUGAGUCACGGCUAUUCAAACAACCAUUGUGACCUCCAACAGUGAGGUUAUUCGCACUAUUCUUCUCCAACCGAAUAAUCCUACAAUUCAAACUAUUUGUUUAUAACCGAAUAAUCAUAGUAUUCGAACUAUUCGCUUGUAACCAAAUAUUCGCUUUGGGCUUCAGCUAACCAAAAAGUGAAACAGGUAACUGAAUACCGAUUAUUCGACCUUUGGUGGACAGCAUCAUGAAAAAAGAGGUAGGUCUUGUUGAAGUAAGAAUGUAUGGCUCUGCAAGAAAAUCUUCCUUUCCAUGGCAAAUAGUUUGAAAAGGGCUUCGCUGGUCGAUGUUAUGAGCUAUGUUUUUAAAUUCCUUCAGAAUGAGAAGAAUAUAAAAAACAAUGCGAAACAUCAAGAAAGCAAUUGAUAGUUUGGUGAAAGAUUUUUUUUCAAAGCUCAAGAAACUAAUGGUGCAAAACCUAAAACUCAAUCCAAAGGAAAGGCAUGCAAAUUACAGAAUAAAUUUACUUUUUCUGUCAGGGACAUGAUGCACAACAAGUCAUCAAAAAUCUCUAGUUGGCUUCCAAGAAUAAUUCACAAGACAAUGAGUAUAACUUCCACUGUGUUGUCCAAGCUAUUGCAGCUGGAGUAUUUACAUUUGUACAAAAUGAAGUGAUAAAGCUUAACAACAUGAAGGAAGAAAAGGAGCAUCUGGAAACAGACAUACCAGAAAAAGCAAAUUCCACUGAAUCAUUAUUGGUGUUAAGUGGUGGUUGCUUUGGAAAAAUUUAUAAGUGUGUAAAGGGGUCCAUAACAAAUUAUCAAAGAAAGUAGAAUGAAAGUAAAUGGAGCUCACAAAUUGAUUUCAGAAAGUUUCUGUACCAACUUGUGAUGACCAAAAAUGAAAAGAAAAACCCAAACAUUCCAGUUACACUAAGAGAAAGAGACAGAGGGUGGCUAUUUGUGCCAAAGUGGGUAUUUUUUCCUUAUCUCCACCUUUUGGACAGACGUUUACGUCUAACAGCCAAUCAAGAAGGACUAAGAAUUUAUGGAAGUAAUCUUAUCAAUGAAAGUGCUUAUGUUCAAAAUACCCCUGUUUGAAAAAAGAGAAAGUAAAAAGUUAUAGUUUAUUGGAUGAUAUCAUAAAACUUGAAAAUUGUUGAAGUUGAUUUUUUUUACUUUAAUCAACAUUUUUAAACAUUUUUCCUUUUUUGUGAUCAUUACAUUAACUGGAUAGGAGAAGAAAAAAAAUAUCAGAUAAUUUACUUUUGUUUGUGAACCUUUUCGAGGCAUGACUCACAUGAUUAACCACUGAAAAUUAUCUUCAAAUGCUAAAUUUCCUAUCAAUUUUUGGGUUUUUUGCAAAUAUUUUACUAAUUGAUAACCUUCACAAACUUCAAUUUCGAAUUGCUCAAACAAAAAUCUAAGAACGUGCAUAGGAUUGAAAGUAUAUACAUAUAAAUGAUGUUGUACCUGGCGGGAUGGACAGAUAACAAAGAAAACAUCAAUCUCUGGAUAAAAUGGAUUUUGAAACCAGGGCUUUACUUCAUGUUUGUUUGUGUCAUCAUCAGAUGUACCAUGUGCUUCAACUUUAUCAUUUGAAAGUAGUUUUAUAGCAGCCAUAUUACUAGUUGCCCCAUCACAGACAACACAAAUGGUCUUGAAGUUGUAGUUAUUGAAAACUCUCAUCGUUUCUAACAGAGUCUAACUGUUGUUUGGUUAAUGGUUGAUAUCAGACUGAAGUAUGAGCCUCUGAUAUCAAAGCUGGAUGUGAAUUCUCGCCAUAAAUACUGAAGCAUCUAUUCAACUGCUGUUGGCCCUGUGGAUUACAAUGAUUGAUAUAUAUCAUGUAGGCUAUAAAGGUCAUCCACCUCCAGUGCAAGCCACAAAAAUGUCUCACUUUUCAUAUUUAGGGCAACUUUCCCAAUCACUUUUAUCUCAUCAAAAAUUAAAGAAGCCAAAGCCAAGUGGCUUCUUUAAACCUUUUUUCAAAGAUUCCUCUGAGAACAAAUCAUAGUCUUCCCUCUAUUUUACAAUGUAGUCCUCAUUAACACGAUUAACACCAGGCGAAUGGUUCCGAACUGCUGUAAAUGUUUGAAGACUUUUGGUAGAAGGUAACUCCAGAAUCUUAAAACUUUCCAAGGAAUUAAAGGCAGCUGGAGUCCGAAUGUAGAUUGCAAAGGCUGCAAAUAAAAAAAAUUAUAGAUAAUAGACAAUGUUUUUCAUACUAAACAGAGAUACUACAAAAGUAAUAAAUAAGUCAACAAAAUUGUUUGUGUAGGGAACAAUUUUCUUCCUUUAUGUCAGUAAAUAAUAGGUUUUCAAAGAAGUUGUGGUCUUUUUUUCUACAUUAGUCCAGACGCGUCAUGUUUAAGUACAGGCUCAUCAAUUCAAAAUCCCGCAUUUCAUGUGGUACAAACACAUAGCAACAAUUAAGCUUGUAGGUAAGCAUGAAAGCUAAAUAGUUAUUUUCACGGAUUAUCACUAAAACAAAAUGAUAGUAUCCAGGAAAUUUCUUGAAGGAAUAUCUCAGUAAGAAAUAACUUAUGAAGGAGGGAGAGCAUUUCUUGUUAAUAAAAAUAAUGGUAUAUUAUUUUUAAACAGACCAACACGGUAUGUUAUCAUGCUCCAACGAUGGCCAUUGGCAUUUUGCUUUCCUGAAAUUGCAAAUGAAAGACAGUCAUUUCAAAUCAAAAGAAAAAUAUAAUAACUCUUCAUGAAUGUUCUUUCACCAGUGGGUGUGAACAUAGAGAUUUUGGACCAAGGGGUUAUCAUCAUCAUCAUUUGCAGUCCGUCGGUUGACAAUGAUGUCUGUUCUACUUUUAUGGUUGAAUGACUGUCCUCCAUGAUUGAUGAUCCAGCGCUUUGGACUGCCAGUCCUGCGUCUUGAUGUCUCUCCACUUCAUAUUUCUUUUUGUCAUGGACCAAGGGGUACAAACUAGCAAUCCAAAAAAAUAUCUUGCAUAAAAGUUGACAAACAAAUGAAUUAGUUUGCCCUGCACAAGAAAAGUUGUAAUUGUUGUCUAUUUUUUUAAACUUUCCUCAUAUUCAAAACCUAAAAAAGUAAUUCUACGAUUGAUUGACCAUAAAAAUAUAUUUUAAAAAGAUAAAGCAAUUUAUAUUUAUUUCAUAAUUACAAUAGAUCACAAAUUUAUCUAUUUUUUAAGACAACUGUUUGUUGUUGGUGCCACAAAUAAACAAUAUAACAUGCUAACCUUUGUUGAUAAAUUGAUCUCUGUAGAAUUGACUUCUAUCUUCAGUGUCUUUAUCCCAUAUUUCCUUGACGAGUUUAGGCAAAUUUUCAUCUCUAUCAGCCCCCUCAUUGAACAUUGUUUCCAGCUCAUUCCCUGCAUUUUGGUUGAUCCAGUUGACCAAACUUUCCAUGUCAAUUUUUCCUCAUCACACAAGAUGAUUUCAUAGUCUUUAAGUUUAGUUUGAAAUGAUGCAACUUUUUUUUGCAAAUCCCCUAUUUUCCAAGAAUUUGCCAGAAGCCUCUUCUGUUUACUGACCGGUGUUAAUUUUGUAAUUUUAAAAUUUGAUGUUGCCUUUAGUCGCCUUGAUCUUCUUCUCCAUCAUUUCUAUUCUUAACGUUCAUUCUUUUUACAUACCUAAAAAAGGCUUUGCAUUCCCCCAUGUUGCUCCUCCUGCUUUUUGGGCUUUUAGGCGAAUUCGCAGUGAAUUGGAAAUUUUGUCUAUCAAGGUACAUUUUAGGUGCCAAUUUCCAAAACUUCAAGCAUGGUCAAUGUGAAUAAAGUUUUAUUGAUAAAAAAGAAAUUAACAAUUUUGAAACUAUUAGAGUUGAAGCGUAAGAAAAGGAAAGGUUUUUGGGUUUGAAAAGUCUAUGAAAAGCGUUUAAAGAAACGAGAAUUUCAUCUGUUGAUAAGAGACCUCAACGUUUGAAGAACUGUUAUCCUUAGUUGGUCCAAAAAUCUCAAAGGAAAAACCGUUAUGCGUAAUUUGGCUGGCCCUAGGGAAAGAAUGGGAGUUACGCUGAGAUAUCUGGUAACAGCUGCACGAUUGCAGCUAGCUAUAGGAUGAGUCCAUCAACCAUAGGCAGAAUCAUUACAGAGACGAGCAGUGCUUUAUAGGCUUGCUUGGUUGCAGAAAAAUUCCUUGACCCCCAAGCACAGAAGAGGAGUGGAAGGUCACUGCACAUGAAUUUGAAAGAAAAUGGAAUUUUCCCAAUGCCUUUGGUGCUAUCGAUGGAAAGCAUGUUGUGAUGCAAGCUCCACACAAUAGUGGGUCAGCUUAUUUUAAUUACAAGUAGACCCAUAGUAUUCUGCUAAUGCACAGUUAGAGUUUAUUCUUGUAGACAUAGGGGAUUCUGUUCGUCAAAGUGAUGGCAGUGUAUAUAGCAACAGUCUAUGGCUAUGCCAUUGAAAAUAAUAAACUGAAUAUCCCUCAGCCUGAAAACGUUGGCCAGAAUUCAUUACAAGUACUACCUUAUGUAUUUGUUGCAGAUGACGCAUUUUGUUUAAAAAAUCAUAUGAUGAAGCCAUAUCCUAACCAAAAUUUGCCAGAAUUAUCAGAAAAACUUCAAUUAUAGGCUGUCAAGAGCAAGGAGAGUUAUUGAAAGCACAUUUGGGAUAGCUACCACCAGGUUCAGGGUGUUUAGAAGACCAAUAAUAGCAAAAACACAAAAAGUGAUUUUAAUAACAAAGGCUGUUGUUGCUUUACAUAACUAUUUGAUGCAGAAAUCCACCUCCAACGAUGAAGAUAACUAUAGCUAUUGCCCAACAUCUUAUGCUGAUAGGGAAAUAAGAUCUAGUGUAACUCCUGGUGACUGGCGCAAGGAAGAUAGUAUUGAUGGCUUACAACCAAUAUCACCACAAGGGUAAAAUAAUUAUUCAAGGGAAGCAAAAUAAAUAUGGGAUAAUUUAAAAACUUGUUUUUAAGAUGGUUCUCUGGAUUGGCAAUUGGAAAGAGUAACGAGAGUACCGUAAUAAACCAUUUACAUUGAAAGUACAUUAUUAAUUAAAUAAUUCUAUUUCUGAUUAUCAUGUUUAUGUCAAGGUAUAUUGAUCCAUCUUUCAUCAAACUUUAUUCUUUAGUCUAUGGGAUAGAUUGUUCUGCAUGCCAUUUUGAAGUACUGAAUGUCAAAUCUGAAAGGACAGAAUUACACAAUUGUUGAACACCCCAGGUGGGGAGAACACCCCACACUUUAAUGAAAUUUUAUUCAUUCUCAAAUUGGAGAUAAAAAAGAAGUUGACUAAUCUUAAUUUUAGGCAAUCUUUUUUGCCUUUUUGGAAAUUCUCUCAUUAUUGGGAUUAAGCUACAACAGUAUAAUUAAUCCUCAUCAUUUACUUCUACCAAUGUGGUUUUAAAUAGUUUGUCACAUUCUUUGAAUGACUGAGCAUAAGCGUCAAAUCUUGAUUGGCUAGGAAAGGAAUCACCGCCACAGGAAUCAUCUUCGAACUGAACCAAUAAGGUUGCGAGAAAGUCUUCGAGAAGCACGUUUUUUGGCCUCAUGAACCCCAUCCUUUUAAAAAGAAUCUGAUCACACAUACAGUGGGGGAAUGGGAUAAAACUUGGCUAUUUUAAUCCAAUGACCCCGACGCACAUUUCCAGAAAGAGCAAACGCGCGAUCUCAAGUUUUGCAAAAGUUAUCGCACUUGUAAAUUUUGAUAAAUAUCUAACGAAAUAAUAUGGUUACUUGAAUAAUCUAAAUACCUACAUGACAACAUAGUAUCAAAUUAAACCCUGAACAUUUCUUUUCACGCUUCUUAAAAUGUUCUCUCCACAACAUGUUUCGCUAAUGUUGAUAUGGCCUAUUAGUAUCGCCAAUAAGAAUCGUUCAAAUAUAAGAUCCAUAGGGUGGUAAACUUCAAUAGCAUUUCAAAUUAAUUAGAAUAUUAAAACAUGGUACUUACAAAGCUGUUGGUUUGGCAACCAUAAUCUUAGGUGAUACAAAAUUCAUAUAACUGUUUCGCAAGAUAACAUCCACAAACAUGCAAACUUCGUAAAACUCACGUGACAUUUACGAUGGUAUAGUGUGAAUCGGAAAAACAAUUUUGGAGCGAAAUGUGGAUCAAAUCCAGUUAAUCCCAAACGGGGGGAUCAAGAAGGAAUAAAAAGUACAUCUGGUAAAACAAAAUAUCUAUUGUCAAUUGUCAAUUAAACAAUAUGUCUAUUGUCUUAAAGUGUAAGAUUUUAUUACAAAAAUCGAAUUCCUGACAAAGGGGUGUGUUACCCCCGCUGCCCAUACACAGGUUGUAGGUGGGGAAAAAAUAAUCGAAACACUCGUUUUCGCUUGUUACGAAAUUGAUAAUUUUCAGAAAUGGGAAGAAAAUAUAAUACGCAAUGUGCCAAUUCUAAACAUGACGAAUGGAGAAGUAAUUCGAAUGUUUUUCUUAAUUUAAAGUUCAUAGUUGGCCAGAAAAGUGUUUUUUAUACUGCGUUUGAACAAAAAAGCAGGAAACUCAGGGACAAGUUUUGUACCGACUGCCUGAUAAAGUGCUUGAACAAACGGACAUAUACAUCCAAACUACCAACUAACUUUGAAGCUUUACACUCUUAUAGAAAGUUGAAGGAAAACAUUGUAGACUAUGAAUCAAGCCAAUCAUCUCAAGCUAGCAAUUUUGGCUCGCAAGAAUUUUCUGUGGAUGUUCUCCAUGAGGAACCUCAAUCUGCAGAUGAGAUUCAACAGCCAUUGUUUGAGGAAGCAACCAUCAAUGGUAAAACAUUUUGCUUAGUUCCAAAAGAAAUGAUAAAGUAUUUACCAACAGAAGGUGUUCAUGUUGAAGUCCUUGAUGGCAUAGGUGCUGUGGAGGUAUCAAAUGAAUUUUUUUACAUCCCCACUAGCAUUCUUCCCAAGCUGGAAAAGGUCAUAACAAGCAGCGUUGACUUGCAACUGGAGGUUAAACUUCUCCGUGAGCAGCUGUGGUUUAGCUAUGGAAGUAGCGAAACCAUUCCUCCAUUUGAGCCAGAAAAGAUCCAGGAGGUUUGCAGGACUGCAGGUGCAACAAAGCUGUUUCAUGCCAUCACAACAGCAAUGUCACAGGAACACCAGACGCCUUUCAAGAAAGAGCAAAAUGAAAAGAAAGCUGUCGCCAUAAUAUACAUGUUGGUGUAUGGACAGUCCCAAAAAGCCAAUUGCUUCCAGAAAAUUUUUGCCCAAAAUAUGACAGGAAAGGGAAUCAGUGAAUCUGGGCUUGCAAUCUUAAAUCAAAGUGGCAUAUCUUUUUCCAAAUCGACCCAAAGAAGGGACUUGAUUAGAACAGCAGAUUCCUAUGAGUCAACUGUCAUUAAAUUCAUUGAUGAAGCCAUCAAAAAGAAAUGUCUCCUGACACUGAUGAUAGAUGAUUACACCAAUGUGCAUACCAUUCGUCGACCAAAAGACCAGGUAUAACUCAUCUUUAAAAAGUAAUUCAAGAUGACUUGAGUUGAUUAAACUUUGUGUAUAAGACAUAUGUUUAUACACUUGACUUGCAGAAUCUAAGUUUUAUUGCAAAAAAUUGCU